AUGGGAUAUAUUCUAAGCACACCACAGCAUGUAGCACCUCACACCUCACCCCACAGCACACAGCAGACAGCACAGCAUGCAGCACCUCACACCACAGUACACAGCACACGGCACCUUACACCACACAGCACACAUCACAGCAUGCAGCACCUCACACCACAGUACACAGCACACAGCACCUUACACCACAGCACACAGCACCUCACACCACAGCAUGCAGCACCUCACACCACAGUACACAGCACACAGCACCUCACCACAGCACACAGCACCUCACACCACAGCAUGCAGCACCUCACACCACAGCAUGCAGCACCUCACACCACAGCACACAGAACCUCACACCACACCACACAGCACCUCACACCACAGCAUGCAGCACCUCACAUCACAGCACAUCACCUCACACCACAACACACAGCACCUCACACCACAGCACAUAGCACCUCACACGACGGCACACAGCACCUCACACCACAGCAUGCAGCACCUCACACCACAGCAUGCAGCACCUCACACCACAGCACACAGCACCUCACACCACAGCAUGCAGCACCUCACAUCACAGCACAUCACCUCACACCACAACACACAGCACCUCACACCACAGCACAUAGCACCUCACACGACGGCACACAGCACCUCACACCACAGCACACAGCACUUCACACAGCACCUCACACCACAGCAUGCAGCACCUCACAUCACGGCACAGAGCACUUCACACCACAGCACACAGCAACUCACACCACAGCAUGCAGCACCUCACACCACCGCACACAGCACCUCACACCACACACCACAGCACACAACACCUCACACCACCGCACACAGCAAGCACCUCACAUAUAUAAGUUAACACAAAGCUGUCUGGAUAAGUGA